AAAGACUCAAUUACUUCUAUUUGUUUAAUAACUUAAUUCUCCAAGUGUCUACCAUGUUGUUCACAACUUUACAAAAACCAAAAAGAGCAAAUUGUUGUUCAUGUCCUCUCCCCAUUAUCACAUAUCAGUGAGAAUCUCUUCCUGAAUAUGGACUUGCCCCAGCUCACAAGGAAAGAUUGUAUAGCUCUUGCUUCCAUCAGACUUACCAAGUGCCUCCAGUUUUAGUCUAGUACUCCAAAAUCUUGCAUCAUUAGUUGUCAUUUGCAUUAAAUACAAGGUGAAAUGAAAAGCCAUCCAAAUAUAAAAAUAAAAUAUUAAUUUUUGAAAACUAGAUGUAAAAUUAAAUGUUGCAUCAUUCCAACUAGUUAUUUCAUUACACUGAUCAUAACACAUCUGUCCUUGCCUGGAGACUUAUAUACGAAUGGUACGAAAUAAGUAAGUAAUUGGGCAAACAUUUGUUAAAUUUACCUGUUUUGGAUGCACAGCAAUCUCCACUGUUAGCAGGAAAGUGUGUGAUCUCUUUCUAUACCUCUGGGUGAUAGAUGCAAUCCUCCACGUACAACCACUCCUACAAGUUACAAAAUGCUAUUCUGUGGUCAUGAUGUUCAGGUGUCCCAAAGGUCUGCAAGAAAGUGCAUCAUGGUUAAUUAUAAACUGCCAUAACACAGAACUAACUUCUGAAUAAUUCAACUUUUGAUAUUGCAUUUGCAGCUGAAACCAUUUCCAAAUAUGAGAUGGAACAAAAAAUACAGGUAGCACUGACCUCUAACUGCAUUACAAUUGGAUUUAAGUAAUUUCUUACAAUGAGGCAUUCUUGAGCUUCCAUUAGCUGUGUGAAUGACCUCUAAUCUCUACCGCAAACUGAAAAAAAAAAAAAAGGCACAAAGCUUCUUGCUCUGUAUUGUAGAAAAAGCCUUCAUACAGCAGCACUGCCAUCUCCUGCUUGCACGCCGGUACAAGGUUUGUGUUGCAAAGCAGCCACAGGGAAAGUGCAGUUUCCUGCUACUAGGUAACAGAGGCACUAACAUUUUCUAACACUCAGGGCUAACACCUUUGUCGUUCUGGAGAUGGGUAGAAUUUUUACAAGUGAGCUUUUGUUUUAGCAAAGAAAAGUACUACAGCCAUUUCUCCAGGAUUUCUGAUAUAUCACAUACCAGCUGAACAACAGCUCAAAAUGUAUACAUUUGUGUGCUUGUGCUGUACCCAAGGAACACAUUAUACCUAUUGAAUAUGGUUCCAUGGAGUUGAUCUGUACACAAACCAACACAUUUUAACAGAUCUAAAAUAUUCCCUGUGGUCUGCACAAGUGCAAGUCCAAAGCAUGAAUGACUGGUGCACAGGAUUAAUUCAAUGCAAUUGGGGUGCAUUUGAUCAUAUGCAAGCAUUUGUGUGGUCCAUAUGCAGUGGGUCCAACAGAUAUAUCACAUAUGCUCUGAAUCACUGGGACACAGGCAGGAUAGAGCCAGUGUACUGCCAGAACACAGAGUUAGAAUCACAGUCAUAUCAGGUUGCUGGUUUAUUGCUUAUCAUAAGCCAGGAGAGGACAGUUUAUGCUUCUGAGAAUAUUUCUACACGUUUACAAUGCCUGGUGCAGCAUCUCUUGCAGUCAGCCAUGUGCCCACUGAACUCUCUCUGCUGUGCUAGGGUGUUAUAGAUAUGGACCCUACAGCUCAAACAGGUCCUGCUUAGGGAUUCAGUUUUGGUACUGACAUCACCUGCUGCAGACUCAGCUUGUUGCCAUGACCAUUGCCAGUUCAAACCAGCCACCUCUGUCCCACAAAUUGCUACAUGGCUCAGAAAAGCCAGAGGACAUGACAACUUUGCUUUUGCUUCUGGCUUGGAAUAGAGCUAGAUAAGAGACAAGGACAGAGGUUUCUAUUAGAUUGUCCUUGAACCUCAAAAGCUUCCCAAACCAGAAGCUACCAUGAAUCACACAGAUGAUCCAAUUGCUCUUGGUUACUUGAAUUCUUUUCUUGGACAAUCACAUUCAAUACACAGAGAAUAGGAAAUUUCAUCCAAAGCAACAAAAUAUGGAAUGAUGGGUAAGGAACAUAAUAGUGGAUAUAAAUGAUGGUUGCCUAAGAUAGAUUUUCCCUUCCCACAGAAUCACAAAGCUUCAUUAUUCCCAUUCUUCUCUCCUUUGGAGGCAUAUUUAUUGUUAAUAACAAGUUAAGAGCUCUUGAAGACAUUAGCAGGUACUAAAAAACAGUUAUGUUGCUUACUAGCCCAAAUCUCCAGCAGGGUAAAAAGGUAGAAGAAAGUCCUAUAAACCAUUUUGCUGGUAAAAUCUCACUUCACACUCAGUUAAUUGGCCUGUUUUGCAGGAUUUAAUCUGGUAGCAUAAGAACCUUGAAAUAAAUCUCUUAGCUACGAUUAGAGAUGAAGGAGAGAUUAGCACAGGCAGGAGAGUUGAAGUGGUUUCUCCAUCUCCAUUGGCGAGUCAGUGUGAAGACAGAGCAACUACAGAGACAUCAGGAAAUCAGUAUUUCAGUCAUCCUCAGGAUGUCCAAUUCAGGUAUUUUCUCCAUUCUAUUCAGCAAGUUACCAGUUUCAAGAUUCUGUUCAGGCCUCUGAAGCAGGUUAGUGGUUUCUUUUAUAAUGUCACAAAUAUCAGUGUAUGUUUAGCUAAAAUAGCAGAUUUUAGCAAAAGCAGUAAGAUAAGAUGGGACUUGUUUAUGACAAAAUAGCAACUUUUCUGUGAACAAUUUAUAUCUAAUAAGUAAAUGUUAUUAAAAAAUAGCUGUGCUAUGUCUUGUUCAAUACAGUUAGGGGAAUUUGACAACAAAGGAACAGGUAGGUGACAUCUUGGAAGCAAAUUGUAUGUUGAUGGAAGCUGUGUUUAAAGUUAGAUAAAUUUGAAUUAGACAAAGAAAGCUUGAGAACAGUAUUGAUAGUAUGGGACAGAUUUCCACACUUAUUUGUCUUCUUUUGUUGAAAGAAUUAUUUCUCCCUUUAGAGAAUAAAAUCCAGUUUGCUGUCCCAUAGCUGGGGAAAGUAUGUCUGUGUGUGUAUGAAUCAUAACUCCGGAGGGGCUCACGUGCAAAGGUUUCUGAGAACUAUGACAGAGGCGUUACUUCCACUGAAAUCCCGGGUCAUUUGUGGCUUUACAGUAACCCACUGCCAACUAUGACUUGGAGAGAACAGACACAGGUUGCAGAGCAAGACUGACACUUUUAGCUAAUAACUGCAGUUCAGUUCUUUCAGCUGGAAAACCUUUCUUCAUGGCGUUCAAAAAAUUAUACUACACAGCUGUGCAUGUGUUCCAAUAGAUCUUACACUAAUAAGUGUAUUAGUAUUCAAUACUUUAUUAAACAGUUAGGGAAAGAAUAAUGUUAUGAUGCAUUUAUAAAAUUCUUUAUGAUAUGAAGAGAAUCUUAUUAUCAGAAAUAAAUUCUGUUAAACUGUUAGCACGGGUGAAAAUCUUAACAUAAGUAUCCAUGUAGAAGGCUAGGAACAAGGAACAGAAUAGAUAACUUGCUCUUCUGUCCCAGAUUUAAUGCACUCAAGGUUUCAUGAGAAGCACAGUGUCUCCCAAAGAUCAAUCCCAAGUAUAUCAGUGACAGCCAGGGUCAGUCAACAAGUGGUCUUUGAACUACAACAACCAGCCAUUCCAUCCCUUUUCUCUGGCACUAGGACUCCAUGAAAUCACAGAUCUUAGGCUGUUGGUGUGGGUAGCACUGUAAGAUAAAUGUCAAAUAUUCAAGGAAAUCUCAUCCUACAACAAUACUUAAAAAGCACAAAGAAAGCUAAGAAUACCUUAUGAGAAUUUCUGGAGACAAGGAAUUACCAGGAGAAUUUUUUUUCCACAGAAACUUUUUACUUUUUUUAAAAUUCAGGCAUCUGAAAAUUAGGGACAGAACAGCUACCUGAGAUUGAAUGUAUCCUUGCUUAUGGAACUCAACUUCAAAUAUCUUUAUGGCUAGAAUAUGACAAAGUCUCAAAUCUACAUCUUCCAAAAUCAACAACGCCUCUGGAGUAGAUUAAUUUUGAGUAGAACUAUUUACAACUUUUGUCCAAAUGUUAAAAUUAACUAUGUUUGACAAGUAGGGUGUUUUCAGUGACACUGUAACUAAUUGUGUGCUGAACAAUUUUGAGGCACUGUUCAAAUAUGUGUUUCACAGAAACAAACAGUGAGUGAUACAUUCAUGUGUGCUGGCCAUUGAACAUGAACUGUGUAUCAACAAUCAGAAAUUUCACAACAGAUUCUUGCUGUUGUGAGCUCUGAGUAUCAGGGGCAAAUAAAUCUAUUAGCAGCCAUCAUUUACAGUUAUUUAAGGUCAAGUCACGAACUGCUUAACUGGUGAAGCAAUCAAAGAUACUGUCUCCAGGCUUAGCAGGCUUAUUCAGGCUGUCAGCUGAAUUCACAGGGAAGCUUAAUUCUGUACCACCAGAGCAUGAUCCCUUCAAAGGAGGUCUGAACAGUACUGGAGAAGACUGGUGUGAAGCAAGUGUUGUAAUUUUAUAAAUUACUAUUCUUUGGACAUCUCUGUAAGGUGUCUAUCAUUUAUAUGAUUAUCACAAUAUGAUCACAACCAAUAUUCAGCCAUAGCUGAUAAUCAGCCUUAACAAUCAUUACAACUAGGACCCUGUUUUUAAAUUCAGAAAGCUGUUAGCCUCAACACCUUUGGAAAUAGACUGGUAAGAAAAAAUACUGUGCAUUUUGUACACUAUUCUCUAUAUUGUACAGAUACAAAGAGCCAAAUAGCUUUGAGAUGAAUCAGUUUUAUCUGUAAAUGCAGGAGUAAAUAAAUGAAACUUUAAUUAAUUAGAUCUCACAGGCCUUAAAAUCUUAGUGUAUGAAAAUAUUUAGCCAUAUCCUAAUACGAAUCACAAUGUAUUCCUUGCCUGUACAAACUGAACUGAUUCCUUCAGACGUAAACACAUGAAGAGGCUGGGAUUCCAUUACCUUUUUAAACUGCAUUCUGCAACAAUCUGCUUACCCAAUGCUAAGCUUCACUGCAGCUGGGGAUCCUUUAUGGGUCAAUGUAGCCCUCCUUCUGUCCAGCUUGUCUGUCCCCAGGUGUUUUUCAUCCUGUUUUAGCUGAUCCAGGUUUUAUUCAGUAAUAGCAUCCACUAAUUUAGAAAAUAUCAUGCUGCUUAUACAUCUCUAUUUCCCCAGAUUUACAGGAUUAUAAUUUACUGUUUAUAAAUGCCAUUGUAUUAGUGGAAUUAAAUGACUAUAUAAUUAUACAUUGCAGAGUUUUACAGUAUAAAAUCACUCUAAUGAGAGUUGCCAAAUUAGGAACAAGACAAGCAAGUUUUCUGGAGAGGAAAGGCAAAAAGAAGGCUGUAUAUAUGUUUGUUUAUUCAACUUUUGAACACAAACCUGACCAUAACACAGGAACCUAAGAAUAAUAAAUACCUAUAAUUAUUUUAAAAAAUACAGGCAACAAAUAGAAGGGAAAGACACUGAGUCUUCUGAAGAAAAGACAGCAGACCAGUUCACUUUUAGAUAUCAAGUCUGCCCAGAAAAUUGGUCUUGACAAAAAUUCAUAGGAAUCCAGAGUCUCUGUUCAUACUAUUCACUUACUUUUAAUUGCUCUAGUUGGUCCUUAGACAUUUUUUUUAAGUGAUUCAUUCACAUUGUUACAAAAUUUAAGCAAUAAAUUUCACUGGGGCAUUCCCUUGGCUGGACUCAGAGUGCGUGAGUUCGUGCAGGAAGUUCUUUUGUAGGCUCUAUAAAUACCUGGUCAAACAGACAGUAAUCUCUCUCCCUCUUCUUCAGAUUUUUACUGCACGCCUUGGAUCCAUGCUCCUAAUCAGCUUAUGAGCUUCCCUUGACCUACGCUUCUUUUCCUAAUGCGUGUCUGACUAUGGCUGUCCUCAAAGUCAAAUUCACCAAAACCAAGAGGGACAAAUUGGCUCAGAUCUUAUGGAUCCUCAACUGGGUUUCUGUAGUGAGUGGGAUCAUUCUCUUCAGUCUUGGCCUCUUUCUGAAAAUAGAGAUCAAGAAGCGCAAUGAAGUGAUGGCAAAAGGGGACAUUAACUCUGUCCCCAACAUGCUGAUCUCUGUAGGGGUCAUAGCAUGUAUCAUCAACUUUCUCGGGGGCAAAAUCUGCUACGACUGCUCAGAUGCAAACAAGUUCUCUCGCUGGAAACUAGUAAUGCUGCCAUACAUCGUAUGUACCUUCUGUUUCACCUUCUGCAUCCUGGUGGGUGCUCUCAUGUGCUACACCAUGAGGAACGAGCUGGAAGAGUCUCUCUAUCUCGGACUGAGGGAUGCCAUUAAGUUCUAUAAAGACACAGACAUACCUGGGCGAUGUUUCUUAAAGAAAACAGUGGAUUUGUUACAAAUUGGAUUCCGUUGCUGUGGAAACAAUGGCUUUAGAGACUGGUUUGAAAUUCAGUGGGUAUCUCCUCGGUAUCUGAAUAUGGCUUCCAAGGAGGUUCUGGACCGUCUGAAGAGCAACGUUGAUGGGAAGUUCUUGGUGGAUGGAGUCCCCUUCAGCUGCUGCAACCCCAGCUCACCACGGCCCUGCAUCCAGUACCAGCUGACAAACAACAGUGCUCACUACAACUACGAUUUCCUCACAGAGGAGCUCAAUAUCUGGAUGAAGGGGUGCAGAGAGGCCCUGCUGGAUUACUACACUGGUAUCAUGAGAUCCAUUGGCAUUGCAGCAUUGCUUAUUUGGUUGUUCGAGCUCUCUGUACUGAUUGGUGUCCGGUACCUGCAGACAGCCAUGAAGAAUGUCCUUCUGCUAGGAGAUCUGGAGGGUGAAUCAGAUGGUUGGUUACUAGAAAAUAGUUUUGUGGAAACUGCCAAAUACAACAUCAACAUCAUUAAGAAUCUCGGCAAAGCCAACCAGAUCUCCACCGUCUCAGGCAUGAACGACCCCAACAUUAACAUUCAAAACACAGACUGUGACAAAACUAAUAUUACAACAAAAUCUAUCCCUGCAGCUAGGUAGGUAAAUCUUCCAAGAAAUGACAUCACAAGUGUAGCUUUGCUCUAUUACAGUCCUACAGUCACCAGAUUUUAUCUGGUCGGGAAAAAAAGUAGAAAAACUAGUAAAACAAUUGAACAAGCCACAGACUGGUGACAGCUCCAGAAAUGCUCAUACUUCUUUGGAUGGAUGUGUUUUCACUUGUAAAAUCCCUGAUUCUCAACACUGCAAGAAACUUCUGGAAUUUCCCCCACUUUCUCUCCUUUACCUACAGACUUCUAUCAUGGUCUGAAUGCAUCAGAAUAACCGUUAUGUACAAGCAAAUAUUUCAGACAGGGUGAGUCUACAUGUACUAACAUAAAGAUUAGUUGAAUAGGUACCAAAGAAGUUUGUCAUUACACCUAUAAAAAUCCCAGUAGCAGGGAAAUCCCCAAAAAAAUUAUUACACUGGAUACAAAGAUUCUUUAUAAAAAAGAAAACAAAAACUGAAAUGAAGAUUCUGCUGGUACAAGUUAGGAAAGGGGAAAUUUAAACAAAAAUAUACAUAUAUUACAGCCUACAAGAAUGCACCAUGUAUGUGAAAUUCAGAUGAAGGCAAUAAAAUUACCACAAAAAAACUUAACUUGUUUUUCCCAAAAUGUCUGAAGUACCUUUUCAUUUCCCCACCUCCAAUAGUUUAGAGAAAGCUACUUGCCCCAUUUCCAUUAAAGUCAAAGGGUACAGUUGAAAAGAGUUCUCUGCUUAAGGAAACUGACAGCUUGUACAGGGAAAUUUAAGCUUCCAAGUAGCAUGUGAUAGUACAAGUUUAAAAACAAGUAGAUACUUCCUAUGAAACAAACACUGAUGAUCCUAGAUGUUUGAAAGCUCCUAGUUUCAAAAGUACUUUACCACACUGAUCCAGGGGUAGGAAGAGGUUAUUUGUAAUCAACGAAGGCAGACAGACUGACAACUCACACAUCAAGCCCCUGCUACCAUGUUCAGGAGCUUGGUCAAUGCAUGGAGUGAAAGCCUUCAAUGCCCAAAACACCUGUAGUUACAGGAUGCCCUAUGACUGUAACCAAUCAUUAAUGGCCAGCAGGAAAAAAGUACCAAUAAAAACAGAGGUGGAAAAACCAAAUGAAAUAUUUCACUUGUCACUGCUAUGAGUGCAUUCUUUGGAUAAUCAAGUAAAAGAAGUUUUAUCACUGAAAUAUUUUAAAUAGAACCAUUCCUGGUUUUGAAACUGUGCAAAAUAACAGUAAAAAUUUCUUUACCUAAAUAUUGUUGUAUCCCAUGAGAAAAAGCAAAGAUUAUACUAUAAGGAUAUAUUGUAAAUAAACUGUGCAAUGUAAUAAUCUGUAGUGUAAUUCCAGCAGGCUAUGUCUAUGACCAUAAUUUCAACCGGAAUUCCUCCACUGCCUAACAUGAUAGGCCUACACUUAAGCAUCUUAAAACCCCUUCAAAGAACUAGAUUUAUAAGCUGAGACUUCCUUCUACAAGAACUGCUAAUUCUUCCCUUUGCACUGCACUUACCUGUAUGCCUACUUCUUGUUUUCAUUGCAAUCACUUUGCCCAGUGAGCGAUUAAAACUUAACUGGUGUGCAAUUCCUUCAGCCAUUUCUGAGAACCAAAAGUACUUACCAGCAGCUCUAGAAUUAGCU